AUUCAUUUCCCACAGAGAAAACAAUGUCUCUCUUCUCACACGCUCAUAUGCCUCAGAUUUCUUAAAUGUUAACUCGUUAUUUUUGUUUGGAGUAAUCCCCAGUAAAAUGAGUUCUGAGGUUAUUAGGGUUUUAUCAGUGUAAUCUCACUUGUUCAAUGAAGAGUUACAUAAUUACUUCAUGCAUACUAAGUAGUGAAUGUGAGAAGGGGUAGCUUACACUCAAGGUUUGUGUGAGUCUUCAAAUACAGAGUGGUUAAAGUUGAGAUGUAUUACUUUGAGCUGCUUCUGUUACUUAACUUGUCAGCACAUCAGUUAGUGCCGCAGGACAAUUGUAUUAGCUGUGUUGUAUUUAAAGAGAGAGAGGGAAAAAGAGGAGCCAGAAUUCAGAUUUACAGCUUUUAGAGCAGCCUCUAAUUUUCAGAUGCGAUUAUGAAACAGCCUUUGUAACUUUACAUGAAAUGUCAGCUCCUGUGAGGUUGUCCAUUUCCUUGAGAAUUGAAGGGUUACCUUGAGAUUUUUUUUUAACGUAUGUUUAUAUACAAGUAGCCCAAGAUCAGUAGAAAUUGUGUUACUACUAGCCCCAUCAGUGGAAAGAAGCAUCCAUGUGUUGUAAUUUCAUUGUCAGCUUCUUGCAGCAGAUGUGGUGUUUUCUCUUAACAAAUGGCGGCACAGUGUGUGACAAAGGUGGAGCUGACUAUUUCCUGCACCAGUCUCUUGGAUAAAGAUGUUGGUUCCAAGUCAGACCCGCUGUGCGUGCUUCUUCAGAGCACCAGUGGUCAGCAGUGGUAUGAGAUUGAUCGCACAGAGAGAGUUAAGAAUUCCUUGAACCCAAAGUUCGCCAAGAAAUUCCUAAUUGAUUACUAUUUUGAGCUUGUUCAGAAACUUAAAUUUGGAAUAUAUGACAUCGAUAACAAAACCUUUGAUCUGAGUGAUGAUGACUUCUUAGGAGAAUUUGAAUGUACACUGGGACAAAUAGUUUCUAGCAGGACUCUAACAAAACCAUUAGUACUCAAAAAUGGGAGACCUGCUGGAAGAGGAAGUAUUACGAUUACAGCAGAAGAAGUGAAGGACAACAGGGUGGUUGUGUUGGAAGUAGAAGCAAGGAAACUGGACAACAAGGAUUUUUUUGGAAAGUCAGAUCCUUAUCUGGAAUUCCACAAGCAGACUGGAGAUGGAAACUGGGUGAUGGUUCACAGAACAGAGGUUAUUAAGAACAACCUGAAUCCAGUUUGGAGACCCUUUAAAAUCUCUCUCAAUUCUCUGUGUUACAGUGACAUGGAUAAGUUGAUCAAGGUUGAGUGCUAUGACUAUGAUAGUGAUGGAUCUCAUGAUCUCAUAGGAAGUUUUCAUACUACAAUGUCAAAACUGAAGGAAGCAUCCCGGUCCUCACCUGUUGAAUUUGAGUGCAUCAAUGAAAAGAAACGACAGAAGAAAAAAAACUAUAAGAACUCUGGUAUUGUGAGUGUUAAGCACUGUGAGAUCAUAGUAGAGUGCACAUUCCUUGAUUACAUCAUGGGUGGGUGUCAGCUGAAUUUCACAGUGGGGAUAGAUUUUACAGGCUCCAAUGGAGACCCUCGCUCUCCAGACUCUCUGCAUUACCUUAGCCCUAAUGGAGUUAAUGAAUACCUAACAGCCAUCUGGUCUGUAGGACUGGUCAUUCAGGAUUAUGAUACAGAUAAGAUGUUUCCAGCCUUUGGAUUUGGUGCACAAAUUCCUCCUUCGUUUCAGGUGUCACAUGAGUUCCCAUUAAAUUUUAACCCAUCAAACCCAUUCUGUAAUGGAGUCCAAGGCAUCGUUGAUGCAUAUCGGGCUUGUCUUCCUCAUGUGAGGUUAUAUGGACCAACAAAUUUUUCUCCAAUUAUAAAUCAUGUGGCAAGAUUUGCUGCUGCAGCUACACAACAGCAAACAGCAUCUCAAUACUUUAUACUCCUGAUCAUAACGGAUGGUGUGAUAACAGACCUUGAUCAAACUCGAACUGCCAUAGUUAAUGCUUCAAAAUUGCCCAUGUCCAUUAUCAUUGUUGGUGUUGGAGGAGCAGACUUUGACGCUAUGGAGUUUCUUGAUGGUGACGAUGGAGUUCUUAAGUCCUCAUCAGGAGAACCGGCUGUCAGAGACAUUGUCCAGUUUGUGCCAUUCAGGAAAUUCCAAAAUUCUCCAAAAGAAGCACUGGCGCAGUGUGUCCUGGCAGAAGUCCCUCAGCAGGUGGUGAACUACUUCAGCACCUACAAACUGCAACCUCCCAAGAAUCCUGCUGCAAAGUGAAUGGGCUGACCAGAGUUGCUGGGACUUCGUGCUGGCUUCACUUGCUGAAUCUACAGCCUUUGGUUCUCGAGAUACUUCUGUGUACAUGUAUAACACACCUCUGUGUGGUAAUAUCUGUUAGCUUUUGCCUGCAAAUCACUCUACCAAGUGUGCUUUUUAAGGGCCAAAAUUGUAAUUAUGUUAACAUUUGAUGUUGCUUUGAGAGAUGGGCUUACAUAAGUGCAUUUUAUUUUGAAAAGUAAAAGUAGGAAAAAAGAGGUUGAAUAUGCAGAGAGAAGGGGGAGAGCUGCUGGAAGUGGAACAGCUGCCUGUUUCAUAAAUAUGGCCUUUUUGAUAAAUAUUUUUGUGGGGAUCAGCACCCUGAACUGCAGUUUCUCUGUGAUCAUAAGACCAGUCAGAAACAAAGAAGAAGGUGUAUUCCCACCGAGGAGGUAACAGUUUGUAUGUGCUUCAACAAAUCUGGAAUAUUUCAGGUUUCUGUGUCUAUUAAGCUACAUAACAAAAUUUUGUCACAGAAGUUUCAUAAUUAAACAAGUGCCACAGGGCAUAAAGGCCCUCCUUGCAUGCCUACUUUACGCUUGCCACUUUAGUGCCUUUGGCCAAUGCCUGGGAUUCAGGGCUGUGUGAAGUUGAGGCAAACAGGUCAUUAAAGUAUAUGUUCUUUUCUCGUGUGCAUUCUCUUAAGGUAGCACAG